AUGAUUGAAAUAAUAACUGGUGAAGAACAAGAAAAGCAUUAUCCAGUAUUUACAAAUCUUCAGGCACAUGUAUUACAAGAAGGAAGACAAAAACUACGGUAUUUUGUAUCUGUAAAAAGGUUUUAUGAACCUAACAGCAAAUUUAUUUUAAUGACAACAUUAAAUCAAAAUGAAGCUACUUUUAGUAUUCCUGGAAUGUCCAUGACUAACUACUUUCCUAAUAUUGGAGAAAUAGGCGGACAAGCAAUCAACGGCUUUUUCCGUUCCACCGAAGGCGGUGUCCAUAAAGGAUUUAGGAUUGAAUUAAUAUUUACAAAACAGAGUGAUAAACCUGCUUUUAUUUCUUUAUACCAUGCUAAGACUGAAACUAAUUUCGAACCAAUUCCAACCACCCCAAUUAGUUCCAUUGAAGACUUACCAAGAUUAUAA